CGGACGCCUGAAUUGGGAAGUGGGGCGAAUCGAGACCAGGAAUUCGGACCCUGGUAUCGCUGGUGCCUGGCAGGGCCAGAACUGGCCUUCUCACGAUUCCCAGGAUUUGUUUGAUGCUUCUUCCUCUCCCCACCAGUCUAAAAUGGAUCGCUCUGUUUUUUUCCUCCCCCCGCUCGCGGAGUGCAGUGGAAUGUUCCAUUGCCCCUCCAGUCCUGGGCCUGCGUUACAGGGGACGCGGGCACGGUUGCCAGGGAAAGCCCCGGACGUGACGGCGAAGCGCGACCCCUUGCAGCCUCCCCUCUCCCAUCCGUCAUUCCCCUGCGCGAGCUCUCUUCACAGCCUUCCCCUCCCCCCACCUUGCGGGUUCCAGUCUAGGGAGAAGUAAACAGCUGGCGGAGCCAGGCUCACGGACCUAGGCCAGGCGGGAGCAUGCUGGGGCUCAGGGGGCUGCGGCUGCCCCCGGCGGGGAUCCUGCUUCUGUUGCCGUUCCUGUCGCUGCUGCUGCUGCCCGCAGCCCCCGCGCCCCAUCGCGCUCCCUACAAGCCGGUCAUCGUGGUGCACGGGCUCUUUGACAGCUCGUACAGCUUCCGCCACCUGCUGGAAUAUAUCAACGAGACACACCCCGGGACUGUGGUGACAGUGCUCGAUCUCUUCGAUGGGAGAGAGAGCUUGCGACCCUUGUGGGAACAGGUGCAAGGGUUCGGAGAGGCUGUGGCCCCCAUCAUGGCAAAGGCCCCUCAAGGGGUGCAUCUCAUCUGCUACUCGCAGGGGGGCCUGGUGUGCCGGGCGCUGCUCUCUGUCAUGGAUGAGCACAAUGUGGAUUCUUUCAUCUCUCUCUCCUCUCCACAAAUGGGACAGUAUGGAGAUACAGACUAUUUGAAGUGGCUCUUCCCUACCUCCAUGAGGUCUAACCUCUAUCGGAUCUGCUAUAGCCCCUGGGGCCAGGAAUUCUCCAUCUGCAACUACUGGCACGACCCCCACCAUGAUGACUUGUACCUCAACGCCAGCAGCUUUCUGGCCCUGAUCAAUGGGGAAAGAGAUCAUCCCAAUGCCACUGCAUGGAGGAAGAACUUUCUUCGUGUGGGCCGCCUGGUGCUGAUUGGGGGCCCUGAUGAUGGUGUUAUUACCCCCUGGCAGUCCAGCUUCUUUGGUUUCUAUGAUGCAAAUGAGACGGUCUUGGAGAUGGAGGAGCAACCGGUUUAUCUGCGGGAUUCUUUUGGGUUGAAGACUCUCUUGGCUCGGGGAGCCAUAGUGAGGUGUCCGAUGGCUGGGAUCUCCCAUACGGCCUGGCACUCCAACCGUACCCUUUAUGAGACCUGCAUUGAACCUUGGCUCUCCUGAGGAUGUCCUCAGGGAUCCCUCAGGAACUUCCCAGCCCAGAGACCAAGCGGUGGCCUUGGAAAGCAGAUGUCAGCUCCGGUGUGCCUGCAACCACCCCAUUGCUCCCACACUGCCCCCACCAACCAGGGCUCCCAGGACUCCCUUCCUGUGCUCCUCUGUAGAUGACAAAUCCUGGUCUCCCCCACCCUCAUGUCUGGGGUUUGCUCCAUGCUCUCUCACUCUCCCGAGGCCAAUGCCGAGGUCGGGAAGAGAGAAACCAGGUUUUUAUCUCGUGGCUGCUCCUGCUGCUGUGGCUGCUCUGUCUCUGGCUGUAUAGGAGAACCCAGCCCCUGCCCACUACAGGGGUCUCCUUCUAGGCCACUCAGGACAUUUUUAGCUCCUGUUCUCCCCAUGUUCCCUUUUCCCUUUUUCUCAGCCCUCCCAACUCCCAGGAAGGACUACCCAUGAGAGUGGGGUUCUGAGGCUCCCCUAUGGGGACAGUUCCGUUCUUGAAAUGUCAGUAUUGGGGAAUAUCUAUGGCCUGUGAGGCCCAUCUCAGGUUUGGGGAUCCCCCAGUCCCUCUGUUCAGUGUUGGGGUACCCCCUGGGAGCCUAGUGUCUUUGAGGCCCCAGCCCCUUUUAGCUACCAUUGAAUGGGUGUUAACCCUGUAUUUAUGGAAAUAAAAGUCCAUUUCCUCA